GUGCGUGGAGCUGCCGAGGAGCGGCGCUGUCCUCGGUGCUGAACCUUCCUGCUUUUGUCUGCGUGAAAACUUCUGCAAAAAAACACACACACACAAACUUAACAUGAUAACUCAGAGCAGGUUUCAGCUGCAAACUUUGCUACUUUUGGCGUUAAUUGUUCAUCCGGGUCAGCCAGUGUGUGUAGAUGUCCCGUCAUCGGAGGCGGACGUGGUCUUGGGAAUGGCCAUGAAGCUGACCUGCAUCUCAUGCAUGCAGAGGGAGGAGGUCAUAGCAAUGACACAUGUGGACUGGUACUACCUGCCCCAGAAAGACUCAAACAAAACUCAGGAUCGUAUACUUAUUUUCCAGUAUAAGAAUGAAAAGACGCUGGAGCUGGAGGGGCCGUGGCAGGGCCGUCUGCUGUGGAACGGGAGCCGGGACUUACAGGACGUCUCUAUUACAAUCCUGAACGUCACGUAUAACGACAGCGGUACCUAUGAGUGCCAAGUGAAUCGCAAGUUUAAAUUUGAAUACUACAGUCCCUCUGUCACCAAGACCAAGGUAAUCAAGUUGAACGUGAAAGAGAAAGGUGAGGCUAACAGUUCAUUCUAUGUCAUUCCACCCUGGUUUUGUGUUAGGAUAGGGGAGACUGGGGAUGAAGGCAAAACAUUUUAUUUCAGCCCCAACUUUUGACACUCAUAUUUUUGUACAGUGAACAGCAGUUAUUUCAGGGUAGU